CCUGAACGAUAAUGACACCAGAGCACAGAAUUCAAGUGUAGAAUUCUGUGCACCAGAGCGAUACUUCUCCCUCCGAGACUAUGGAAAAUUACAGCAACUACUACAGCAAAUCUGCACUUAUCACUAGAUCUACGUGACAUUGGACAGUUAAGGGCGAGGGCUCCGAUAACAACAACAAAAAACAGCAACGACAGCAACAACAAAAAAGCAACAGCAACAACAAAAACAAUUAUCAUGCACAUGACACAUCACAAGGGAACGAUUACAUGUUGACUGAAACUAAUACGUAUCAUCAUCCUACAUUAUAUCCACUGAUCGUCGUUCCAUGUUCACAGAUCGCCGCUGUUUAGCCCAUCUUGCUUGCACUUGCAGCCUUCAUCGUCAACCCUGGCUUCUCAAGUUACUGGAUCAACCAACCAACCAACCAGGACAAACCAGUAGUAGGCCUGUAUGUUCCACAGUGCAGCACACAACAGCUUCAACAGCAGAUCUACAAGGACAUAUAGCGGCUUUGUGACUUUGUGAACAGUCAGUACGACAGUACGUUGAUACGUGUACCCCAGUAGCACACAACAGUAGAUCUACUACAAGUACCAUAGAGUGUAGUGUACAUCUAUGACAAGUACCUAUAGCGGCUUUGUGACUUUGUGAACAGUCAGUACGACAGUACGUAUACCCCAGUAGCACACAACAGUAGAUCUACAAGUACCAUAGAGUAGAGUGUGCAUCUAUGACAAGUACCUAUAGCGGCUUUGUGACUUUGUGAACAAUCAGUACGACAGUACGUAUAACCCAGUAGUACACAACAGUAGAUCUACAAGUACCAUAGAGUGUAGUGUACAUCUAUGACAAGUACCUAUAGCAGCUUUGUGACUUUGCGAACCGUUAGUAGGACAGAAGGCUACGUAUACCCCAGUAGCACACAACAGCAGUAGAUCUACAAGUAGCCUACCUAUAGCGGCUUUGUAGCUUUGUGAACAGUCAGUACGACAGGAGUACGUGUGCUCGGUGGGUUCCUUCUUAAAUCAGCUGACGUCGCCCAGGAAAUAGGAAAAGUCUGUUGGAAAAGCUCGAAUCUGUUGAAGAAAGGGACAAGAUGUGGUUGAUGAUUGCUGCUAUCGUGACGGGAAUUGUCGGUUAUUUGUUCAUAAAUCGCUUCCUUCGAUCGCUCGAUGUCGGAGAUUAUGGCAACAAAUAUGUGUUUAUCACAGGCUGCGACACAGGCUUUGGACAUCGCUUAUCAAUACGGCUGAACAAGAUGGGUUUUCAUGUGAUCUCGGGGUGCCUUACUCAGAAGGGAGCAGAUACUUUGACACAGCUGUGCCCUGACAGGCUCUCAGCGCUGCUGCUUAAUGUUGCUGAUUCGGACAGCAUUCAAAAAGCUUACAAACAUGUGCAAGAUUUAUUGCCUGCCGGAAAAGGCCUAUGGGCUGUCGUAAACAAUGCAGGCAUCAGCGGAAAUACUAGCCGUAUUGAAAUGUGCACGAAACAAGAUUUUGUGGAUGCCAUUGACAUCAAUCUGUUCGGCCCUAUUGAGGUUUCGAGAACGUUCCUGCCUCUUCUCAGACAGACCAGGGGUCGAGUCGUGUGCAUCACCAGCAUCCUGGGAAGAUAUCCCAGUGGACCGGCCCCGUACUGCACCUCCAAAUGUGGGCUGGAAGCUUUCUGUGACGUAUUGAGACGUGAGGUCUAUCUUCAAGGAAUUAAAGUGUCCAUUCUGGAGCCAGGGGUCUUCAGAACAAAUAUCAUGGACUUUGAAUCCCUCAAGAGCAAAUGUGAAUCUUCCUUUGACCAGGCUAGUGAUGAAGUGAAGACAGCUUAUGGUCCAGAUUAUGUGAAAAAUUACGUGACUUUGGUAAGCGAGACGAUGAAAGGGGCGUCCACAGACAUAGAUCAAGUUGUCGAUGCCUAUGUCCACGCAAUAACUUCCAAAUUUCCGCGCACUCGAUAUGUUGUAGGAAACGACGCCAAAUUUAUUUAUAUCCCUCUGUCACUUGUCCCGGAUUGGUGUGGAGACUGGAUUGUUCGCUCCUUGAUAAAUUAUACGAUAUCGAAGAAACGUUGAGAAUUAAUUUUUACGUAAUUUCCAAUAAUUAUAGUGCAUUACCAAAGACAUGGAUUCCGAAAUUGAAAGGUAUAAUAUCCUGUCCAACAGGCCUAGCUACUACUAUGAUCCAAACUCAGUUCUAAUAUUUUUUUACAAAUGUAUAGAACUGUAAGACAUAUAUUGAGUGAGUCAAUUCAUUUACAUUUAAAAACUGUGACUUCUUUCUUUUCUCAGAUAGCAGUAUGCAUUAAAAAAAUAUCAUGUUUAAAAUUACUGUAAGUCAGAUUUUGUGAUCUUCAUAUUUAUAACGAGUUCACACGAAAAACAGACAUUUUCAAACGCAUUUUUCAAUAUUCUUCAGAUAUAUAGGUAUGGCCUGUUUAUUUUGCAGGGGCUGUGAAAACCCUAACAAAAAAGACAACUUAUUGCACCAAUAACAGCGUAUCGUUAAUCGAGCUUCUUCAAGUUAUCUCUAGAUGCGUUCAGUUUCCCUUAGCGUUCUAUUGUAGGCCUAUAGUGAUGCUUUUCAUAUGUGCAUAAUAUGGGCCUACUCAGACACAACAAAUAUAGUCAGAAUUUUUGUACGGUUAGUAUAAUCUAUUAUAGUUUUGAAAAAUAAAACCAACUCAAAGAAUAUCAAUCGGAUAGUCUUUGGGCAUCUUUAA